UGAAGAGUAGGAGGAGUCGUGUUGUGUAUAUAAUGUAUAUAGAAAUGGUCCCAUUACCCCACACACCCAUUUACCCAUUACCCUUACCCUUACGAAUUCCAUUUGCAUUCCCAACAAACAAAAAACUACGGAACAACUGCGGAUUGUAUAAUUUACAAAUAAAAACGAAAUCAAAUUUGCAGCUACCCCAAAAUGCUACUCAUAAUUAAUUGACUAAUUUAUGGCCGAGAAACAAAGUGUUUUGUGGAUAAUUCUCCUUCCUUUUACGUCACGGGAACCCACCGGCGCUGGGCUAAGUACAAUCUAUCUAUCCAUCCACUGGGUAAACAACCCCAGCAACCAACCAUCAGGUGGUUACUGGCACCGAUCGUUACCCGGGGGAUGAGUCAAGUUCAAUGACGAAAUUCCACACGGGGUGCCACCAAAAAAAAGGGGGCAGAGCAAAACAAAGUUAAUUGGGGAAAAUUGCCAUACGGCAGCCGUGCGUAAAAUUGUCACACCUCGGGGCGUUAUAAAUUGGAAAAGUCCGAGCGCAACAUAGUUAGUCCGGAAUCACAGCUCCAUCACACAAAAUGUCACACAAAUCCAGCUACAAUUGCAGCCUCUACUGGCUAUUGAUUUCCUGCCUACUGGCGCUCACAUCUUCCCAGUAUUAUACACAGUACAAUCCCUACUACUCGCCCAGUCCAACGUUCUCCAGCUUGAAUCAAUAUUACUACCAGACCACGCCGUAUACCUACUACAGCACUUAUGCCACAGCGAGUCCUUAUGACAAUACAAAGAUACGCAUUUGGCCCUAUGUGAUUGGCCAGUAUCUGUAUCCGGUGUACAACAACAACAACUACAACAAUCCGUAUGCCUCGCUGAGCAAUCCCAACUGGCAGAGCUACUACUCGAAUGUCUAUCAAUCGAAUUGGGGUCGAAAGUAAACCAAAUUAAAGGGAGGGGUCUAUAAUAAUAUCGUGUUCAGUUAAU